UAUCGCUAAGAAAAGAGGGAACAACCGCUCACCUUACGAUCCCACUCCUCCCCCUUCACUUCCCAUAUAUAACACUCUCAUCCUUUCCUCUCGUCUCCUCACCAAUCUCUCAAAAAUUUCUGCAAAUUCUACCAAAUUUCGGAAUUCUAACACAGGGAAAAAAUGAGAGAGAUCCUUCAUGUUCAAGGUGGACAAUGUGGGAACCAGAUUGGUUCCAAGUUUUGGGAGGUUGUUUGCGAUGAGCAUGGCAUAGAUCCAACUGGAAGGUACAUCGGUUCCUCAGAUCUGCAGUUGGAGCGUGUCAAUGUAUACUAUAAUGAGGCUUCCUGUGGCCGCUUUGUUCCGCGUGCUGUGCUCAUGGACUUGGAGCCUGGUACCAUGGACAGUGUCCGAACUGGUCCUUAUGGCCAGAUUUUCAGGCCGGAUAACUUUGUUUUUGGACAAUCUGGUGCUGGAAACAACUGGGCUAAGGGCCAUUAUACUGAGGGAGCUGAGCUUAUUGAUGCAGUUCUUGAUGUUGUGAGAAAGGAGGCUGAGAACUGUGACUGUCUGCAAGGUUUCCAGGUGUGCCACUCAUUGGGUGGAGGAACUGGGUCUGGGAUGGGAACCUUGCUGAUCUCAAAGAUUAGAGAGGAGUACCCGGACAGGAUGAUGCUCACAUUCUCCGUGUUCCCGUCACCAAAGGUUUCAGAUACAGUUGUGGAGCCAUACAAUGCUACCCUUUCUGUUCAUCAGCUUGUUGAGAAUGCUGAUGAGUGCAUGGUUCUUGAUAAUGAGGCUUUGUAUGAUAUCUGCUUCAGGACUCUUAAAUUGACCACUCCUAGCUUUGGUGAUUUGAACCACUUGAUCUCUGCAACCAUGAGUGGAGUCACUUGCUGUCUCAGGUUCCCUGGUCAACUCAACUCUGACCUCCGAAAGCUUGCAGUGAACCUCAUUCCCUUCCCUCGUCUUCACUUUUUCAUGGUUGGGUUUGCUCCUCUGACCUCCCGCGGGUCCCAGCAGUAUCGUGCUCUGACUGUCCCUGAGUUGACCCAACAAAUGUGGGAUGCAAAGAACAUGAUGUGUGCUGCUGACCCAAGGCAUGGUCGCUACCUCACUGCAUCGGCCAUGUUCAGAGGCAAGAUGAGCACCAAGGAAGUGGAUGAGCAAAUGAUCAAUGUGCAAAACAAGAAUUCUUCCUACUUUGUGGAGUGGAUCCCAAACAAUGUGAAAUCCAGUGUGUGUGACAUUCCACCUAAAGGGCUCUCCAUGGCAUCAACCUUUAUUGGAAACUCGACCUCUAUUCAGGAAAUGUUCAGGAGAGUUAGUGAACAAUUCACUGCUAUGUUCAGGAGGAAGGCUUUCUUGCAUUGGUAUACUGGUGAAGGUAUGGAUGAGAUGGAGUUCACGGAGGCGGAGAGCAACAUGAAUGACCUUGUGUCGGAGUAUCAACAAUACCAGGAUGCCACUGCUGAUGAGGAAGGUGAGUAUGAGGAUGAGGAGGAUGAGGAGGAGGAAGUAGAGGUGCACAUGUGAAGAGGCAAAAUCUAUAAAAAGCGUUUGGUAAUAAUGUACGACGGUAUAUGAUUCAAGCUUGUGUUUGCUUUGCAUGUAAGUAAGAGUCUUUCCCUUUCCGGAGUUUGUGUUUGUAAUGGGUGCAAAGAAAAUGUUUCUCCCAGAAAAUCAGUGUGACUGAUAGGAUGAGUGGGAAGUUGGUUAUAUGUUUGAAAAUAGUGAUGUGGUAUCUCUAUGUAUUCUGGACAUGAUUCCUUUUUUGGUUUCUUAUGUAUGAUGCGGUCACUAUGUCCUUUUUAGUCGUGUAAUAUUCUAUCAAAGUUCUCAGUU